AUGCCCAAUAUCUCAGUGGCAGCUGGCAUUGAAAUUGGCUUCGGCCCUGGAGGAAUUCAAGCAGGGGCCAGAGCUAUGGAUGCUACGUUCAAGCCUGCGUUGGAAGCGGAGUUCAGCAAGGCCUUGGCGACGCUGCGGCGGGAUCCUUAUGGACGUCUUCCGCAGAAGCAGGCCGAGGCAAUUGUGGCCUUCUUGGCUGCCUCCCAGCCCUCUGACAAGGAGCGCUUGGGAUGGAGCUUCUCCGAAGAGCUGGAUUCCUUUACCAGGAUACUCCCUUACGUGAUAUGCGCGUUUAACGCCAUUGACCGUGACUGCGACGCGUUGGUCUCUGCGGAGGAAGUGGAGUUCUGGCUAAAGAAGCCGAAGCUGGAGCACAGAGUGGAGGAGAUGCAAUGGAGUUUGACAGACUUGAAAAGCGUGGAGGGGAGCUUGCCCGCGCUGUGCAUCUCUGGCCUCUCCGGCCCGAAGGGUCUGGUCUGCAUCAUGGAGCACAUCAAAAACAUCCACUUCCAGUCUGGUGUGCGCGCGAUGGCCCUGCGGGACUGCGUGCUGGCAUCGAUGAAGGUCUUCACUGAGCUCCACGUCCGUGUGGGUAGUGGAUGA